CUGUCAAUUUCAUGUCAAUUUCGCAUGUUUCAAUAUACGAAGCUCAGUAUUUUGAUAUAAUUUGUCUUGAAAUCCCUAUAUCAGAUCAGUGUUGAAACAACACAGUAAUUUAACAAACAUGUCUACAAGUGAACCUAAACCCGAAGCAAUGGAGGAAGACUCAAAGAAACCAAUAUGUUUGAUCAUUUUAGGCAUGGCUGGUGCCGGCAAGACUUCGUUCACGCGGCGGCUGUCUAAUAAGGUCGUGGAGGGCUCCAGACCUUACCUGAUUAACUUAGAUCCGGCGUGCAGAGAAGUACCUUAUCCUGCUAAUAUUGACAUCAGAGACACAGUGAACUACAAAGAAGUUAUGAAGCAAUAUGGCCUGGGUCCCAACGGAGGCAUAGUGACAGCUCUCAACUUGUUCUCAACAAAGUUCGGACAAGUUGUGGACCUUAUUGAGAAGGCUGGCAAGAAACAUAAGUACUGUAUUAUUGAUACUCCAGGUCAAAUAGAAGUGUUCACUUGGUCAGCCUCAGGCACAAUAGUUACAGAAGCACUAGCGUCAUCGUGCCCUACUGUAGUGGUUUAUGUAAUGGAUACUGUCCGCAGUGUGUCACCGGUCACGUUUAUGUCCAACAUGUUGUAUGCAUGCUCCAUAUUGUACAAGACAAGGCUGCCUUUCAUAGUUGUUAUGAAUAAGACCGAUGUAGUAGACAACUCUUACGCUGUGGAAUGGAUGCGGGACUUCGAGGCGUUCCAAGAAGCGUUAGACGCUGAAGGCGAGGGCGAGACGGAAGGCGGGAACACAUACAUUGGCAACUUGACUCGGUCUAUGGCGUUGGCACUUGAUACAUUCUACUCAGAUCUGCGAUGCUGUGGAGUUAGCGCUCAUACUGGUGAUGGUCUAGACGAAUUCUUUAAACUGGUACAUGAGGCAGCUGAAGAAUAUGAAAAGGAAUACAAAGCAGACUGGCUGAAGAUGCGUGCAGAAAAAUUAGAAGAGGAAAAACGAAAAGCAGAAGAAUUAAAGAAUAAAGGUCCCGACGAUACAGUGAUAGACAAGAAAAAGCUGAUAGAAGAGGUGUCAAGUGGUCGCGAGCUCAGCGACAUGUACCUCAAACAUCCAGCAAACGAGAGCUCUAGUGACGAGGAGGGCACGGAGAAUCAGCCUGAAGAAGAUGACAAACCAGCUGAUGUAGCGAUGUUCCAAGAGUUCAUCAGAAAACACGUAAAGCCCAACAACACUGGGAACAACACGUAAUUAUUAUUUUAAGAAUUAAUAUUCCUGUAAAUAUAGAUAAGAGUAUUUUUAUAUAAUUCCACUGGAUGCUUUAAAAAUUGCAAAAAAAUAAAACCAUUUUUUUUCUAAA